AUAGAUCUGUUGCUUCCAUCAGAAAUCUGCCGAGGAAGAAGGAGAACGAGGAGAAGACGAAGAACCCUAAUUCUGGAUCUUCGGGGUUCUAUUCCAUCCCAAAGCCGAAGAGAGGGAGGAUAUGGUGCUGGUAUCUGCUGUUCGAGAUUAUAUCAACCGGAUGUUGCAGGACAUCUCGGGCAUGAAGGUUCUCCUCCUCGAUUCCUAUACGGUUAGUGUUGUAAGUGUUGCAUAUUCUCAAUCGGAGCUUCUUCAGAAGGAAGUAUUUCUUGUCGAAUUGAUUGGUUCGAAAUCGAAGGAAUCCAUGUCCCACCUCAAAGCAGUUUUCUUUCUCCGCCCAACAACGGAGAAUAUUCAGUAUUUACGACGACAAUUGGCUUCUCCGAGAUUUGCAGAGUAUCACCUCUUUUUUUCUAACAUCUUGAACGACACCCAGAUUCAUAUUCUAGCUGAUUCAGAUGAACAAGAAGUUGUCAAGCAAGUUCAGGAGUUUUAUGCUGAUUUUGUUGCCAUUGAUCCCUACCAUUUCACGUUAAAUGUGCAAUCAAACCACAUUUACAUGCUCCCUGUUGUCAUGGAUCCUUCAAGUUUGCAGAACUACUGUGAUUGCGUUGUUGAUGGUAUUGCAGCAGUUUUCCUAGCAUUAAAACGCCGACCUGUUAUUCGAUACCAGAGAACCUCUGAUGUUGCCAAAAGGAUUGCACAGGAAACAGCGAAUCUUAUGUAUCAGAAGGAAACUGGCCUAUUUGAUUUCAGACGAGCAGAAAUUUCUCCCCUGUUAUUAGUAGUUGAUAGGAGAGAUGAUCCCAUCACACCUUUGCUGAAUCAAUGGACAUAUCAGGCAAUGGUCCAUGAGUUGAUAGGCAUUCAGGAUAAUAAAGUGGACUUGAGAAGUAUCGGUAAAAUCUCAAAGGACCAGCAGGAGGUCGUAUUGUCAUCAGAACAAGAUGUCUUUUUUAAGUCAAACAUGUAUGAAAAUUUUGGAGAUCUUGGAAUGAAUAUCAAGCGGAUGGUGGAUGAGUUCCAGCAGGUUGCAAAGAGUAACCAGAAUAUCCAAACAAUAGAAGACAUGGCCAAAUUUGUUGACAACUACCCUGAAUACCGAAAGAUGCAAGGAAAUGUAUCAAAGCAUGUGACAAUGGUUACAGAAAUGAGCAAGAUAGUUGAAGAGCGAAAGCUCAUGCUAGUUUCACAAACUGAACAAGACUUGGCCUGCAACGGUGGACAAGUUGCAACAUUUGAGGCUGUGACAAAUUUUCUGAAUGAUGAAAGUGUCUCUGAUAUUGACUGUCUACGUCUUGUUAUGCUGUAUGCUUUGCGCUUUGAGAAGGAGAACCCACUUCAAAUAAUGCAGCUUUUCAACAAACUAUCUUCACGGUCUUCCAAGUACAAGCCUGGUCUUGUUCAAUUCUUAUUGAAACAAGCGGGUGUUGAUAAGAGAACUGGUGAUCUGUAUGGUAAUCGAGACCUCCUGAACAUUGCCCGUAAUAUGGCUCGUGGGCUCAAGGGAAUUGAGAAUGUGUACACACAGCACCAACCUCUUCUAUUCCAAACCAUGGAAAACCUCACCAAGGGGCGCCUCAGAGAUGUGGACUAUCCAUUUGUUGGAAAUCACUUUCAGCAGGGCAGGCCCCAAGAUGUGGUGAUCUUUGUUGUUGGUGGGACAACAUAUGAGGAGGCUCGUGCUGUGGCUCUACAGAAUGCCACUAAUUCAGGGAUACGCUUUAUUCUUGGUGGUUCCGUAGUACUCAAUUCUAAGAGGUUCCUGAAGGACCUGGAAGAAGCUCAGAGGAUUGUUCGGUCAAGCACAAAUGCAAUUUGAAGUCAAUGGUUCGAUCCAGCACAAAUGCAGUUUGAAGUUUGCAUCCAACAUGUCUAAUGCCAUUGAUAAACCUUGUAGCUCUAUCAUGUAAUUUUGUUUCAUUGUUUGUACUGUAUGCCUGCUAGAGAAAACGUUUUUUGGAUACAGAGAAAAUGUCCACUUGGAUUGAAGAUGCCUUCAAAUCACCCCCUCUUCAUCACAAAAUAAUCAGUAGGUUUUGAAGAAUUUGUAUUCAAAUCUCGAAAAGUAGACGUAAAGUUUUCACCCUAUAAUGGGAACCCGUAACCAUAUAUACUUUUCUCAUUUAUAUGUUAUCCUUUAAUCAACGAAUUCUUAUCUGUAAAGCUGCCACAUUUACCUUAAAGUUGUUUGUUGAACAUAGAA